CUUUCUUAUUCACACGCAGUGAGCACAUAAUAUAUGGAUUAUGAUUGCAUUCUAAUCAUCAUCAUCGAUGUGAUUAGUACACACAAAGCUAACAAUGGUGUGGAGAAUAUCAAGAACUCCAGUCCAUGGAUUUAUUCGCUUUAAUACAACGACAUUUUUACACUACGUUGUCCACAGGCUGGCAAUCUUGAAGCAUGGGUGACUGGAGCUUUCUUGGGCGUCUGCUGGAGAACGCCCAGGAGCACUCCACGGUGAUCGGCAAGGUGUGGCUGACAGUCCUGUUUAUCUUCCGGAUCCUGGUGCUGGGCGCCGCCGCCGAGGACGUGUGGGGAGACGAGCAGUCAGACUUCACCUGCAACACACAGCAGCCCGGGUGCGAGAACGUAUGCUACGACCAGGCCUUCCCCAUCUCGCACAUCCGCUUCUGGGUCCUGCAGAUCAUCUUCGUGUCCACGCCCACACUUAUCUAUCUGGGACACGUGUUGCACAUUGUACGGAUGGAGGAGAAGCGCAAGGAGAAGGAGGAGGAUCAGCACAAAGCCAACAGAUUCCAAGCAGAGGAGGAAAAGGAGCUGCUGUUUAGGAGCGGCGGUGGCAGUGAUGGAGACCGGGUCGCCAGCAAAAGGGUGAAGCCCCCGAUCCGGGACGAGCACGGAAAAGUCCGCAUCCGGGGGGCUUUACUGCGCACCUACGUCUUCAACAUUAUCUUCAAGACCCUCUUCGAGGUGGGCUUUAUCCUGGGUCAGUACCUCCUGUACGGGUUCCAGCUCCAGCCCCUGUACAAGUGCGCCAGAUGGCCCUGCCCCAACACGGUGGACUGCUUCAUCUCACGGCCCACCGAGAAGACAAUCUUCAUUAUCUUCAUGCUGGUGGUGGCCUGCGUAUCGCUUUUCCUCAACCUACUGGAAAUCUACCACCUUGGUUGGAAGAAGCUCAAGCAGGGCAUGACCAACGGAGCAAUGUUGGAGCAGCAGUCGGUGCGCCGCCCCACAGGUUCUAAUGCCCCCGAGCCGCAGUGCUCGACCCCCAGGACCGGAGGCGGCUACCCUAGCAAGUACACGGACGUGACAGCCGGGAGUGGGGCCUUCCUGCCCCGGGCAGAGUUUAAGAUGGACAACAUGCAGCAGGAGGAGGACCUCCGGCAGCAUGGGCCGGCCGCCCACUACUACAUCAGCAACAAUAACAACCACCGGCUGGCCGCUCAGCAGAACUGGGCCAACCUGGCCACCGAGCAGCAGACUCAGGAGAUGAAGGCCACCUCCCCUACUCCCUCUUCCUCCUCCUCCUCAAACCAGCUGCCCAUGGCGGAAACCGCCCCUGGUGGCACUCCCAUUACCAUGGGGACCAGUCAGAGUACCUGCAGCAGCCGGGGCUCCAAGGUCAACGAUUUAGGUGAUAGCUGCUUGACCACCACCACGGUAGAGAUGUUCAAGCCCCGUCUGACCGUCGCCUUGGACCCUCGGCGGCUGAGUCGGGCCAGCAAGAGCAGCAGCGUUCGGGCCAGACCCGAUGACUUGGCGGUAUGAGCCCCACUCCGGGCCACUGACCCCAGAAAGAAACGUAUCCUGACGCCAGAAUGACGUAAGGGAAAUAACGAAAGGUUGUGGUGACCAAGUCCCUUUCACACCGAAUUUCGGAAUUGAUGCAUCAGAGGUGUAACGGUAGAGCCGGUGUUCAUUUGCUUGUUUUACACGGAACGCACCGAAGCGUGACAUUGUGGGUUAACAAGCUACCCUCUGAUACUAUGAAGCUGGCGAAUUCCCAGGUUGACUUAUAGCCCGUGCCUUUCACGUAAACCCCAGUGAAGUAGGACAUUGACGAGUCUGUGUGCUUUAACGCAACAAAGUUUUAAAAUUCACACCCCAUUCCCAUAAUUGCUUUACGCACCACCGGCAUUCUGUCUCUGAUACUUUCUACAUGCUAUGGGUAACUUUCACAUGGGACAGUGACGUCCCUGGGAAAAGCCACCUUUGAUUUUCAGUGUGAAAGGGACUAUGGACUCUUUUGGGGAAGAUCUAGUUGUGUUUUUUCUUCUUUUAGCUGCACUGAAUGAACUCGUGUGUGCCUGGUUUUAAACUGGUACCCACAAUGCACUGCAGCACCCCUCUCACAGAGCGAAUGGAUGGCCCAGAGUGGGGUUCUAAAUAGCUAACAUGUCACGUGACACAAAAAGAUAACACAGCCUUGGUUUCGUACGAGGCACAGCGACAUUCUCAUGAUGCCCCUCAACAUUGGUUUGAUUGAAUUACACUUAAAACAAAAUUAAACAAAACACUGACAUUUUCAAAAGAAAUCUAGUAGAGUUGCCAUUUGGCCAAAUUCACAAACACCCAAAGAGUAAAGUAAGGCCAAAAAACAACAAAGCACCAAACUUUAGUUAUAAACCGCAUCGUUAUUGUCAGUUUGUGCCAAAAACAAGACAAAAUGCUAACAUUUUUCGAAAACUCAAUUCAAGUUGCCUUCAUUCACAUCCUCCCCAAGUGUAAAAACAAAAACAACUUGCUGGAUUUUAAUCAGAAACGACACACUUGUCAGUUUGCGUCAGAAAACAAAACAAAAUGCUAACAUUUUAACAAGAAAUCCAGUCAUGUUGGGCUCAGUUAUGACCACCCACUACAAAAAUAACCCAAAACAACAACAAACGACUUAAUGUCAAAUUAUAACGAGAAAUAAAACUAAAUGCUCACAUUUGAACAAGAAAUCCAGUCAAGUGGGAAGUUGGCUUCAUUCAUGAACGCAAGAAGUUCCAAAUAAACCCCCAACACAACAACACAAACCUCUUUAGACACAUCACAGAGUUGUACUCAUAAAUGACAUACACCGCAAUUUGUGAUGGAAAACAAAAUGCAAACAUUUCAAAGCGAAGUCCAAUCAAGUUGCAUUAUUCAAAAGCGUAAAACAACCCCAAAUAAAACAACACACUUAAUUUGACUCAUAAAUGACAUGCAUGUCAUUUUGUGAUGCAAAACUAAACAAAUUAUUUUUAAAAAGUUAGCUUCAUACACGGCUUCACAAAGUGCAACAAAAAUAAAACCAUUAUACACACGCACAAUACUUUCACAGCCACAAGCGUCAGUUUGAAAAGAAAUACAGCCAAGUUGUCAGUUCAUUCACUUCCUGUUUUUAAACCUCAUGUAUCCCAAACAACAGAAAACACAAAAUAUGACUCAGAAAUCACACUUGUCAGUUUUUGAAGGUAAACAAAAGGCUAAUAUUGCUUUCAUUCACAACAUCCCAAAGAGUAAAACAACCCCAAACAACAACACAAUUCUACUCAAAUGACAUACUUGUUGAGUUUGAUGCAAAAAUAAAGAAAAUAAAAAGUUGUUAGCUUCAUACACAGCCUGACAAAAUGCAACAAAAACAAAUGUACACCCAAAACACUUACGGCUGCAAACUGUCAUUCAAGCGCUAUCAUCAAAGCACUACCUGUCAUCUUCAGAGGCGUUUUCACAAAAAGAUGGUACUGUAUGCGUUAAUUUCACAUUUUCUCAUUGGAAAAAUGACAACAAAAAAAAACAUUCUUACAGUAUUUUGCAUUUUUUCCUCCAGUUUACAUUUUGGUAGUUGAUUUGCACAUGUAGGAAACAAAAUGCUGAUAUUGCUAAAACUAGAGCGAGAGAGUCCUCAAAGGAACAAAAUAUUUUUAAAAAAUGUCUUAACAUCUCCUCACACCAAAGGCAGAGUUUUCAAGAAAUAAAAAAAUAAAUAAAAAUUAAAGUUAUUUAUCUUAAGAUGAGAGAAGAGUGUGUUCACGUGAGUGUGUGUGUGUGUGAAUGACCCUUUUGUAAAGUUGAUGUAAAUGUUCAUUUACCUCAAAUGUUUACAAAACUGUUACUAAAUAAAACUUUUUUUGUACCAGA